AUGACGAGCCCACAGUACGAACUGAACGAUCUCAGGGAGUUGGCCGAGAUCUGCAGUCAAGCCAGGGAAAACUCAGGCCUGGCUGCAGCGGCCGCGUCACCCACAAACUUUGGCCGUGAAAGCACGUACAACAUUCCUAUACCCCCUACAAAUGUAGGAGUGCCCAACCCCGCGCACCUCACCAACACAGCGGCACAUGUCGCGAGAUCACCACGCGUCACGGAGCCCGAUAGUGGCCCGUUCCCAGUAAACACAGGGACCUCCGCAAUCGGGCCGGACAGUUUCGGAGGUUCCAAUAGCGGAGGAAAACCUGCAGACGCGGCAAAUCCCGUGCACUUUCUGGCGAGCGCUUUGCAGCAGGUGUUGCAAACCGCAAUUUCACCCGGGCCUCGUGUCGGAGUCCCGACACCGACGUACAGUGGCUACGGCGAUCAAAUGAGCGCCAGCGUUUUUCUACUGGCGUUGCGACAGUACGAGCAAGCGACUGGCAUGCGCGAGAGCGCGGUGUUGGAGAGAGUUCUCCCGGUUGCUCUAGUCGGCCAGGCCGCCCGGUGGUACCGUUUGGUAGGCCACACGGCGAGCACCAUGGACGAGUUUCGUAGGCUGUUCAGAGACGAAUUCCUCCCGUAUGACUACCGACUGCAGAUGCGGAGGGAGUUGGAACUACGCACACAGGCCCCGGACGAAUCGCUGGUGGAAUACGUUCGGGCGAUGCAGGAGCUUUUCGAGUAUGCUGAUCCGAGCGCUUCGAACACGGAGCGAGUGGAGCGGGUAAUUCGACAAAGCCACCCUACCUUCGCACUUUAUCUGCGGAGUUCACGCUGCAGAGACCUGAACGAGCUGGCCGCAGAAUCACGCAGGGUGCAAGCCGAAAUCUCGGCAGCCCGCGCGUACCGACCACCGCCGCCGCCAUCGGAGUCCUUGGAACCAAGCUGCGCUUGGCACGGCAGCGGGCGCACGAACAGCGAGCACGCUGCGAUGCCGGGUCGGUCCGUAGGUGCAACGGCGCCGUUCGAAAUAUCGGACCGCGCCCUCGAUCCCUACGCAUGCGGGUGGAGGACCGCGCAGGCAAUACAGUCAAAAGGCUGGUGCAGCGCACAACAUCACGCCCGAUCAGACGAUUACAGGCCAGUACCGAAACUAGGCAGAUCCGCUAGAAACGCGAUCACGGAUGGCCGUCCUCAGCCCAAUGCUUGGAGAUCGGCGGAGCAGCCCGGCUUAGCACAACCCACGACGCGGAAUACCGUACGUUGUUUCAACUGUGCCCAGACGGGACACAUCGCGCGUGAGUGCCCUAACCAACAGGGAAACGAGACGGGCCGCCGGUAA